AUGUCGCAGCCGCCCGGCAUCGCAUCCAAAGCAGCCGCCUCAUCGUCGAAAGCGCCCCCUCCCUCCGGACAAAGUAGCCCCGCGGCAUCGGUGACUCAGCAGUUCUUCUCCAACGACAGCGGCCAGCGGCGGAGCGGAAGCGGCAGUGGCAACGCGCGCUCCAACGCGGCACCACGCAACGUCCAGAACAGCAAAGCGAAGCACAAGGCGGGGAAGAAGUUUAGAGCGUUGGAUGAGGAUGCAGAGGCUGAGUUGUUCAGUAUGCAGAAUCCACACGGCCGGAAGGGACAGACGUCCAUUACGCAUCUCAUGAACUUUUCGCUGCCGCCACGACCGAACCAGCAGCAGCAGUACCACCGACACAGCUACAAUGGACCGAGGAGGGGUGGGAGAUCCAAUCCGACGUGGGGUCUGGGGAGUGGCUAUCAUUCGGUCGAUAAGGCGAGGUACAUCCACGCCAACUACCGCUUCAUAGUGGACCCACGCGGCGACUAUCAAGUGCAGGCUGAAGAUGCAGACGUUCACCUGGAUUGGCAAAACGUGCUCCAGAUCAUCGCCUCCGAGAAGAGCCAGGCGGCUUCCUGCCCCAUCUGUCUCGGCGAUCCCACCGCACCUCGAAUGGCGAAGUGUGGCCACAUCUUCUGUAUGCCAUGUCUGAUCCGCUACAUGCACUCGGACGACGGGAACGGCCCUCCACCAGAAAAGAAGGCUCGAUGGAAGAAAUGUCCGAUCUGCUGGGACAGCAUUUACGUGUCCGAGACAAGGCCAGUCAGAUGGUAUGUUGGGCAGGAAAGCGACCCACCACGAGAGGGCGGCGAUGUCGUUCUGCGUUUGUUGAGGAGAAGACCCGGACAAACGUUGGCCAUGCCACGCGAAAGCGCGGAGACUGUGCCGAAGGGCGACUUCAUCCCGUGGUACUUCGCUGCUGAAGUCAUGGACUAUGCCCGUGUAAUGAGGGGCAGCGAGGAUUACAUGGUGCAGCAGUACGACGAGGCAAUCGAGGCAAUCGAGAUGUUGCAAAAGGAGGAUGAGUUAAUGUUUGGUGAGGACGCCGAAUGGACUGGCCGAGCCAUACGCAUGCUCAACGAAGCGAAAGCGAAGGUGAAGGGCAUUGGUAAUCCUCCAGAGCAGCCGAAGAAGCCUGAGCAGGAGAUGACAGUACCUGAGCGGCCGCCCAUUGAGUUCCGCGAGGACGAUGAAGAUGUUCCGGACUGGUACCUGCAGAAGCAUACGGAAACAAGCCCAGCCAUCCCCAGAAUGGAGGCAACAGAACAGCCAAAUGCACAAACGCCUGCAAAUGUGAGCGCAGUACCGCGAACGUUGCAGGAGAUGCGGCAACGGCAGUUCGAGAAGCCGCAGCCUGCAGAAUACCUCUUCUACCAAGCACUAUUGCAUUAUUACCUAUCGCCUUUGGACAUCCGGAUACUCAAGGCGGCGUUUGGGUCUUACACCACAUUCCCUUCAAGCAUUCUUCCACGCGUAGAGCGUGUGUCUUCAGGCCACAUCGUCGACGAUGACCUUCGAAAGCGGGUCAAGUACUUGGCGCAUCUGCCGUAUGGCUGCGAGGUUGGCUUCUUGGAGUGCGACUGGACCGAUCUCGUACCACCACAUAUCCUAGCUGAAUUCAAGCCGAUGCUCGAGAGGAGGCGCAAGCGGCACGACGAGAAGGAGGCGAGGGAGGAGAAAGACCGUAUCAGGAUCGAGAGGGCUGAGGAGCGCGAACUGGCCGCCAUUCGAAGAAAGCGACCUUCAGUUCCCAGUGACUUCAUGUCGGGAGAAGGCCUCCCCGCGCUCGGCUCCAUGGCUGGAUCUGAACCCACCUCCGACGCCAUCGCCACAUCGCCUCCUUGGGCUAACCGGACAACAUCUGGUUUCACUUCACUCGCCUCGCCAUCCACCUCUCCCACAGCACAUCGCACAGUCUGGGGUACUGCAGCAGUGACGCCUGCAAGUCCUGACCUCAACGCUACUCUUCCGCGUGACGACGAGCUGCGACCAGAUCAGGAUGACGGCUGGUUGCAAGACUGGGAGAGAGACCUGCUCGACCAACGCGAUCAGCUGGCUGACGACGUGGGAGGUGUCAGUCUGGAGACUGAAACACAAGCUAGGGCACCUGUCGGUGGCGGCAAGAAGGGCAAGAAAGGGAAGAAGAUCACGCUCAUGAGUACAGCUACUUCGAGACGCGGGGCUUGA